AUGAUAAUUUCCCAGAAAAGGUCCAGAGCCGCUUGCGAGAAGUGCAAGAUUUCCAAAAAAAAAUGUGAUGAAGUCAAACCAGCCUGUACUCGGUGCCAAAAAAAGGGAAUCAAUUGCUCAUAUCGGAUCAAGCUCCAGUUUCGUGAGGAUCUCGAGUCCAAAGGACAUUCGUUUGGGAGAGAGGGAGUCUGGAAAAAGAACAAACAGGCUCCCAAGCCUCUUCAGGUUUCAAGGUCAUAUGACCAAUUGUUGAAAAAUGCGUUCUUCACCCCUAUAGACUUCCCUGAAAAAUUACACUAUGUUUUCCACUCCAAGGUGCAAGUUCGAGUCUCAUCUCCAUUGCAGAGCUCAAUUAUACCUGUUGAUGUUACCAAUGAGCUGAUCCACCUAGAUAACUACGACACUGCAGUAUCUCUCUCUACGGAGUGCAUGAUCGACUAUUUGGGUGCGAUGCUUACUCCCUUUUCGACUCAACUCUUGAUGGGUGUACCCGUCAAGAAGUCGAUAGAUAUCAGCAUGUUACUACAGUUCAGUCAGACAAACCCGAACAUUUUCUAUCUUCUUUUGGCCAUGGGGGCAUGCCAGCUUUCGAAAAAAUCUAGGAAUAUUGAUAAAGCUCAACAAUGGAUGGCAUGGAGUGCCAAAUUUCGAGAGCGGGGUGAAGAACAGCUUGCUGAUUUCAUAAGGUCUCCAGAUACUGCAAAAUCCACUUUGAGUAUUUUGCUGUGUUUGAUGCUAAUGAUUAUUCUUGAGAUAGGAGACAAUAACUCCAAGUGGACAAAGUAUUUGAGACUUUCGAGAGGUAUCUUGAAUAAGCGAAAUCUUAAAAUUGCAGAGACCGAAUUUGAAAACUGUGUGCUAACUUUCAUUAUCGAGUUCUUGAUAUACCAGGAAUCCAUGGGUCGUACUGCCUGCCAAGAUAUAAGCCUAUUUGUCGAGUACACAGAUUUGCUCGGUCUCGGAAGUAAUGAAGGUAAAGCGAUUGUUCCAUGGAUGGGCUGUUCCACAGCACUGGUGAGCGUCAUUUCCGAUAUCACUGAUCUGUCAUUUGAGAGGAACAAGUCUAGCGGUUCUUCAGGAAAAAUGUUUCCGAGACUGUGUACACUGUUGGAAAAGAGCCUAAAUGACAUGGAGCUUGAUCUGAGGCCUUAUCGGAUGCAGAAUCAAGACGCUCCAGAGUCAUUGAUUGAGAUGCUUUCUAGAGAAACGGUCCCCAAAGGAAUAGCUUCCAAAGAAGAGUUGUGCUUCCUCAUGACAUGCGAAGUGAAGAGAAUGGCUGCAACAGUGUUUCUCAAAUGCUCUUUGUUAAACAGUGAACCUCAACACACUUCAAUAUCGAAUCUCAUAAAACUGACUUUCGACUACAUGAAAAUAAUAGUGAUAGACCAUGGAAAGUUGUGGGGAUCUCUUCUAUUAUGGCCUAUAUUCAUCUGUGCCGUUGAAAUAUCCCCUCUUUCUGAACAUUGUGAAAAACAGAGGCGGCUCUGUUUGGAUUUGCUAGACAAGCUCGAGUGGAGGACUUGGGGAAGUGUAGAAAGCACGAAGCAAAUAAUUAUGGACGUUUGGACUAAACGUGAUUCCCUCGUUCAUGCUGAAGAUUCAAGACCUAGAGUGAUUGGCGAAGAGUCUUUGAAUGACUGGGAAAUGUUUGUUGCGGAUACCAGUUUUCAAAUUUCGUUAGCAUAA